AUGCCCAAACCAACAAAAAAGAACGCUGGCGCGGCGUCCAGUAUCAAGGACGCCCGUUUUGCCAAUUUCGAGACCGAUCCCCGAUUCCAAUUGCCCUCGAAAAGAAACAUCAAGACCAAGCUCGACAAGCGGUUUUCCAAGGUGCUCAACGAUGACGAGUUUUUGGCUACGGCCAAGGUGGAUCGCUACGGGCGGAAAUUAGAGACUGAUUCGAAGAAGAAGGCGUUGGAGAGGUUGUAUGAGGAUGAGGAGGAGUCUGGGGAGGACGAGGAGGUGGUAGAUGGGGAGGUGGAGAGGGAUGAUAUUGUUCGUCGCGAGCUCGAGAAGGCUGAUAAGAAAUAUGAUCCGGCGAGAGAUGGCGGUUUUAGCUCCUCGGAGGAGGAUUCGGACUCUGAGUCGGAUGGGGAAGAUCAGCCAGAGGUGGAUGAUGGGGAGGAGGAGUCGCGACCUGGGAUUCGGUUGAGGAGGGAGAAGGAGGAUGUGCCGGAGGGUGAGGUCACCAAUCGGUUUGCGGUGGUGAAUAUCGACUGGGAUCACAUCAAGUCUGUGGAUCUGAUGGCGCUUUUUAGCAGUUUCGUGCCGCCAGGGGGGAGGAUUGAGAGGGUGUCGAUCUACCCCAGUGAGUUCGGCAAGGAAAGGAUGCAAAGAGAGGAGCUCGAGGGCCCACCACGAGAGAUCUUCAAGAAGGGCAAGGGCGAGAACAGCGAUGAUAGCGGUGAGGACUCGGAGGGUUUCAGUGACGAGGAUGAGGAUGAUGAUGACGAGGACUCUGACGAAGAUUCUGACGAGGAGGUCAAGAGGGAGCUGUUAGCUGAGGGCGACGACAAGGACUUUGAUAGCGACAAGUUGCGGACAUACCAGCUCGACAGGUUACGGUACUACUACGCCGUGGCCGUCUGCUCUGACAAGGGCACAGCGCACAAGAUUUACGAGGCCACCGACGGCACCGAAUAUCUCUCCUCCUCCAACUUCCUCGACCUGCGAUUUAUCCCCGACGAUACCACCUUUGACGACGAGCCAAGAGACGAGUGCACCGCUGUGCCACCGGGGUACAAGCCAGUCGACUUCGUCACCGACGCGCUGCAACACUCCAAGGUGAAGCUCACCUGGGAUAUGCACCCGGAAGAGGUCAACAGGAAAGAACAAAUCAAGAAAGCCUUUUCCGGCAGCAAAAACGACAUUGCUGAAAAUGACCUCCGUGCCUAUCUUGCGAGCGACAGCUCUGACGAUGGGGAAGACUUUGAAGAUGAAGAGGAGGAACCAGAAGCCGCCGCCGAUGCUGCUGGAGGCGAGGAAGAAGAAGCCGAAAAGCCCCUCGACAAAAAGGAACUCGCCCGCCGGAAAAUGCGCGCUGCUCUGGGCCUUCCCGAGGAGCCCACGACCAAAAAGUCCAAGUCUCCCGCCCCGGCGGGCGCGAUGGAAAUUACGUUUACGCCUGCCCUGUCAGAGUCGAAUAACAAGAAGCCUGUCGAAGAGGAGACCACAAUCGAGAAGUACAAGCGCCGCGAGCGCGAGAGGAAAGAAGCCAAGAGGCAAAAGAUGCUUGCCAGACGCAACGGUGGUGAUCCUGACAGGAUGGGCGAAUCUGAUGUCGAAGAAGUUGCUGCUGCCGGGGACAACGCGGGAGGCGGAGACCUCGGCUUUGACGACCCCUUUUUCACUUCUGAGCCCGUCGAGAAGUCCAAGUCUGCCAUCCGCAAGGAGGAGCGGCUCAAGAAACGGGCGGAGAAAGAGAAGGAAGAGAAGGUUAGCAAGGCUGCCAAGGCGCAGCUGGAGCUGCUUAUGGUUGAUGAGAAGGGUGAUGCGGACCAUCUGGAUCACUUUGACAUGAGGGAGGUGAUCAAAGCGGAGAAGCAAAAGGGCAAGAAGGGGAAGAAGAAUAAGGGGAAGAAGGCGACGGACGGGGGGGGGGAGAAGGACGGGUUGCAGGAUGGGUUCAAGAUGGACGUGGAGGAUGAGCGGUUCAAGGCCGUGUUUGAGAGCCAUGAGUUUGCUAUUGAUCCUUCCAAUCCGAAGUUCAAGGCCACCGAGGGGAUGAAGAAAUUGUUGGAGGAAGGGAGGAAGAAGAGGAAGGCUGGGUAUAGGGAGGGAGAGGAGGUGGUGGUGAGGGAGAAGAAGAAGGUGAAGAAGGAUGAUGGUGAUGUUGAUGGGGGGGAGUUGAGUAGUUUGGUGGAGGCGGUGAAGAGGAAGGCGAAGGCGGGGAGGAAGUAA